CGAAAAUAAUAAUGAACCGCAACUAUUACAAAAAGCUUAUGCUAGUUAUAAUAUUUAUAAAUCAAUUGUGGAUCAUAAUUAUAGGAGCGCAUUAAUUUUAGAAGACGAUAUAGAUUUUGAACUUAACAUCAAAUCGAUUAUGACCAAUAUCCAUCACACAUUACCAGAUAAUUGGGAAAUCCUAUAUCUUGGUCAUUGCAGCAAUUGGGAAGGGAAAUCAGGUGAACCUUUGCCAGAUUACAAUCAUGGACAAUCUAUUUAUAAGCUUUUUAAAUCCAAGAGGCCAUAUUGUACACAUGCUUACGCCGUUUCGCAUCGUGGUGCUUUUAAACUAUUGAAAAAACUUGUUAACUUAACGGCUCUAAUCGAUCUUGAAUUAACUAACAUGAUUACAGCAAAUGAAAUUAUCUCAUACACUAUUAUACCAUCGAUUAUAUCGAGAUGUCAUAUUUCUGAUGAAUCAACAGAUCUUUAUCCAGGAAAAAAUACAGUAGAUGUGUUCUCUUUAAAUGAUUCCACUUUAUUUUCUCUUGGACUUAAUUAUGAAUUAAAUAGUACUCUCGGCUUUAGUCAUAUUUACGUUCUUAAUCUUGAAAGUCGGCGAGAUAGACGCGAAAAAUUGGAAAAUUUAGAGAAAAAACUUAAUUUAAAAUUCGAAUUUUUUCCUGCUGUGUCUCAAGACGAUGAAAAUGCACUCAAAGAACUAGAAGUAGAAACCUCCGUUUUAAAUCCAGCUCAAAUUUCUUGUUAUCUUAGCCAUUAUAAAAUCUACCAAUCAAUAAUUCAACGCGGAUACGAUAGCGCUUUAAUAUUAGAGGAUGACGUAGAUUUCGAACUUAAUAUCGCAUCAAUUAUAUCAGAUACAUAUCGAGUUUUGCCAUCCGAUUGGGAUAUCUUUUUUCUUGGCUAUUGUGACUCUACUGAAACCCAAGGACAGUUAUUAGAUGGUCAAAGUAGUUCAUCACCUUAUACAAUCCGUAGAUCUACUAUGCCAGUAUGUACUCAUGGUUACGCUAUUUCGCGUGCCGGAGCACUAAAACUAAUAGAAUACCUUAACCCAAUAACUAAAACAGUUGAUGCAACAAUUCUGCGUUUACUGCAGUCAAGAACUAUUAACGCUUUUUCUCUUGUACCAUUGGCAAUGGUACAAUGGCGCUCUUCAAUCAAUCCAUCAGACGUUGCAAAUGAAAGUAGAUAUUUUUAUUUCAUCUCUCUAAAACAUUCCGCUUUAGAGCAUUUUGGAAUUCUUAAAGAAACUAAUAAUACCCUUGGAUUCAAUAAGAUUUACUUUAUGGAUUAUGAGGAUGAGUCGGACUAUCAAAAGAUAGUUGGAAAAUUAACAAAAAUGUCAGAUAAAUUAUGUUUAGUUUUUACCAAUUUCUAUGCUAUUUCCUCUUAUUCAAGUCAUUUUGAAGUCUACCAAUCAAUUAUUGAUUAUGAAAAUGGUAGUGCUUUAAUUUUAGAAGGCGAUAUGGAUAUUGAACUUAGGAUCACAUCAAUUAUGUCCGAUAUACAUCGAAUUUUACCUGCUGAUUGGGACAUUAUAUAUCUUGGUUAUUGCAAUAAUUCUGAAGGUAAAUCCGGUGAACCUUUACCGGGUAGCAAUAAUAAUUUGUCUGAUUAUAAAUUAUUUAAAUCUGAGAAUCCAUAUUGCACAUUUGCCUAUGCCGUCUCACGUGCUGGUGCUCUUAAGUUAUUAGAAAAACUUGGCAACUCAACACAAUCAUCACAUAGACCACUGGAUGUAAAACUAGUUAACAUUAUUCAAUCAAGAGAAAUCAACUCGUAUACUCUUGUACCACCAGUGAUCGUAAAAUCCGGAAAAUCACAUUCCGAUAAAGAAAUUUCUGAUAUACAUAUGUUAAAAAAUUCUACUAGAAAAUAUUUUGAAUUAGAUGCAUAG